CGGACUCCGUUGAUGAACUGUGUCAGAGAGCGCUGAGGGAGGUAAAUUCAUUUCUUGCUAAAGUGGCUCACUUGAUCCUGGGGUGGAAAUUUAAGGCUCUUGAGGAAGAAUGUACUUCAGGAGUGUGUGCUGUAACCGCUGGUCAUCUGAAGAGAGGUUGGAUGGAAAAACAGUCAUCAUCACGGGGGCCAACACUGGUAUUGGAAAAGAGACCGCCAGGGACCUGGCAGGGAGAGGCGCACGUAUCAUCAUGGCAUGCCGGGACCUGGAGAGGGCAGAGGAGGCACGGACAGAGAUUUUGGAAGACACGGGAAAUGAGAAUUUGGUGAUCAGGAAACUCGAUCUUUCUGACACCAAAUCCAUCAGAGCAUUUGCUGAUCACAUCAACAAAGAGGAGAAACAAGUGAAUAUCCUGAUAAACAAUGCUGGCAUCAUGAUGUGUCCUUACUCCAAGACUGCUGACGGGUUUGAAAUGCAGUUAGGGGUCAAUCAUUUGGGUCACUUCCUGUUGACUCACCUGCUGCUGGACCUCAUGAAGCGCUCAGCCCCUGCCCGUGUUGUUGUAGUCGCAUCAGUGGCCCACACCUGGACCGGCCUGCGUCUGGACGACAUCAACAGUGAGAGGAGUUACGAUACCAUGAAGGCCUACGGACAGAGCAAGCUGGCUAAUGUCAUGUUUGCUCGCUCGCUUGCCAAACGGUUGCAAGGUACAGGGGUGACUGUGUUCUCUCUGCACCCGGGGGUGGUGCAGUCCGACCUGUGGAGGCACCAGCACCAGUGCAUACAGGUGGCAGUGAAAAUUUUCCGGAUUUUCACCAAGACCACAGUGGAGGGAGCACAGACCACCAUCUACUGUGCUGUGGAGCCCCGCCUGGACAGCCUGAGCGGAGGGUACUUCAGUGACUGUGCUCCUGCUGCGUGUUCCAGGGCUGCUUCUGAUGACGACGUGGCCCAAAAACUGUGGGACAUCAGCUGCAACAUGCUCGGUAUCACGUGGCAGUGAAAAGUGGCAAAAGCUGUGCAGUAGAAGGACACCCUUUUAUGUAUCUGUAAAUAUAAACUUUAUGACUCUGGUCCCUCAAAAGUCCAGUGUGCGAGUCAGUAGAUCACUGUCAAGAGCUCUUUUUAAUUAUAAAAAAUAUCAAAAUGAAUCUUUUAAUUUAGUUAAAUUGUAUUUAUCAAACAAGGUUGCAUGAUUUUUUACAUAUAUUUCGUACUGUUUGUUGGUAUAUAUCCUUAUUAAAGACUUUGUUUUGCAUUUCAAAAGUGUGAAAGAAAAGCUUUCAAAUGUAUUUUUACUGUACAUCUAGAAUGAGUAUUCUAAACUCUAGAUACUCGUGUUUGAAUCCUGCUGCCUGUAGCAUACUGGAGUAUUGUUCUCUACUUUUCUAACUAAAUGU